AUGGCCGACACCUCGACCGACGAAGUGCUACCAAUCCGAACCUAUCAAAGCAAACGCCCCACUGCCGAAGAACUCAGGGCGAAUCUAGAGUUACAGUUCCUUACCCCUCCUACGUCUUUCAGUGCAGCAUGGCUCAACAAGCUACAGCAACGAUGGGACAGUCAGGUCGACUACACCGAAAUUUGCCAAAUAGCCCCGACUCAGAGUCGAACUGUGACCCGCUUCACUAGAGAAGGUCUGGAGGGCCGGGUCACUGGUUACAAGGAAGUCACAGUGCCUGCAACCAGUGCCACCGCCAAGAACUCGACCUCGAUGCUCCGACAGCCCGCCAACAGAGCUGAUUUUGUUCGAGGUGCCGCUGGCUAUUUUCCGUUCGCGCCCGGAGGUCUGGACGGCGUUGAUGCAAUCCAAGCUUUUGAGGACAAAGAGCAGGCCGAGGCAGAAGAAGGUGAGGGCAAGAAGCCAAGCGGUUUGAAUCGCAUCAUCGAUUUUGGUAGUAACGACGGUCUUCUGAAGAUUCCACCAGGGUUCACAAGAGGUUUAGUCUUGGACAAAAAGGACACCGAAACCGAAGACGUGGAAAAGACCCUGGAAGAGAAUGAACCAAUAAGUCAACCCACUGCGAAUGGUGAUAUCAACGGCGCAAUUGACGCUCAGUCGGCAUCCCCAGUCGAAGAAUUAUCAGAUGUCGACGAUGAUCUGGAUAUCGACCAGCUGUUGCCAGUCGAGUUCCCUUCCCUCGCACCACACGGUCAGCUCAAAGCAUCAUCAGCUCGUGAAAGAGGGCGAGAAUGGGCUCACGUUGUCGAUGUCAAUAAGGACAUUCCCAACUUCAACGAGCUCGUUCCUGAUAUUGCACGAACAUGGCCCUUCGAACUCGAUACCUUCCAAAAAGAGGCAGUAUACCAUCUGGAAAGCGGGGAUUCUGUUUUCGUUGCUGCCCAUACCUCAGCAGGAAAGACUGUCGUCGCCGAGUACGCCAUUGCCUUGUCAGCGAAGCACAUGACUAAGACGAUUUACACCUCACCCAUCAAAGCCCUUAGUAACCAGAAGUUCCGAGACUUCAAGCAGCAGUUCGAUGAUGUUGGUAUUCUGACUGGAGAUGUCCAGAUAAAUCCUGAAGCUAGCUGCCUCAUCAUGACCACCGAGAUUCUAAGAAGCAUGCUCUAUCGUGGUGCAGACCUCAUCCGCGAUGUCGAGUUCGUGGUAUUCGAUGAAGUUCACUAUCUCAACGACGCAGAGCGGGGUGUUGUUUGGGAAGAGGUCAUCAUCAUGCUGCCUGACCACAUCAACCUCAUUCUCCUAUCUGCAACUAUUCCCAAUACCUUCGAAUUUGCCUCGUGGGUCGGUCGCACCAAGAAGAAGAACAUCUAUGUCAUUUCAACAUCCAAGCGUCCCGUUCCUCUUGAGCACUAUCUUUGGGCCGACAAAGGCAUGCACAAGAUUGUCGACUCCGAGCGCAAAUUCAUCGAACGAGGUUGGAAGUCUGCCAAUGAUAUUCUCACCGGCGCAGACAAGAUCAAGGAGCAGAAGGCAAUUGCUUCUCAGGCCCCUUCGAGAGGUUCUACUGCGCAGAGAGGAAGAGGUGGCCCACCGCAGCGUGGAGGAAACAAUCAACGCGGAGGACCGCAGCAGCGCGCCAGAGGCGGUCAGUCUUCGAAUCGUGGUCAAGGAAACAUCAGUAGAGGGGGCCAAGGCGCGGGCCGCACCACCGCAAGUCAAGAUCGGAAUGUCUUUGUCAACAUCGUGGACUUUUUGAAGAAAGACAACCUCCUGCCUGCCUGUAUCUUCGUUUUCUCGAAGCAGCGCUGCGAAGAUAACGCCAGCGCCUUGGGAAGCAAAGACUUUUGCACAGCUGCCGAGAAGAGUGCCAUCCACAUGACGAUAGAGAGGUCCGUCGCAAGAUUGAAACCCGAGGAUCGUGCACUGCCGCAGAUCGGAAAACUGCGCGAAAAGCUGGAGCGUGGUAUUGCCGUCCACCAUGGAGGUCUGCUGCCUAUUCUGAAAGAAAUCGUCGAGAUCCUCUUCGCACAGACGCUGGUCAAGGUUCUCUUCGCCACCGAGACUUUCGCCAUGGGCUUGAACUUGCCGACCCGCACCGUUGUGUUUUCUGGCUAUCGCAAGCACGACGGGCGCGAGUUUCGCAACCUCCUUCCAGGCGAGUACACCCAGAUGGCCGGACGUGCCGGCCGCCGCGGGCUCGACACAGUGGGAACGGUGAUCAUUGUCUCGAGCGGCAGAAGCGAGGCUCCUCCAGCCGCUGAGCUUCGCGCCAUGAUCCUCGGCCAGCCCACCAAGCUCCGCUCGCAGUUCCGUCUACACUACAACAUGAUUCUCAAUCUGAUGCGCGUCGAAGCCCUCAAGAUCGAGGAGAUGAUUAAACGCAGCUUCAGCGAGAACGCCACCCAGGCCCUGCUCCCUCAGCACGAGAAGCAAAUCUCCCUCUCACAAGCCAACCUGGACAAGAUCAAGCGCGAGCCUUGCCCGAUCUGCGACAUCGACCUCGAAUCCUGCCACGCCUCAGCCGUCGAAUACGAGCGCCUCACCAAGGAAGCGUACGAGAAAAUCCUCGCCUCUCCCGUCGGCCGCCGCCUCUGGACCACACUGCGCCUGAUCGUCUUCAAGAAGGACCAGAUCCGCACCGUCGGCAUCCUCCUCGAAGACGGCGUCAUCAGAGGCACGCCCGUCCCGCGCGUCCGCGUCCUCGCACUCGAGAACCUCGACGCCCAACGCACUCCCGACGUCCUCCUCCCUUACCUCCCAGCCUUCCGCCCCCUUUUCGCCACGCUCCCCCAGGACCCACUCAAGAUCAAAGCCACGGCGAUGCACGUGCCCCUGGCGGACGUUGAAGUUGUCACACAGACCCGUGUGAAGGCCGAUGCGCAAGCGAUACUCAAUUCCAGCGUGGAACAAGAGCGGUUCAUCCAAGGUGAGCUCCUCAAGGACUACGCGGACUGGACGAGUAAAGCAUACGACGAACAAGAGUGGACCAAAGUCAACGAACUGUCGGUCCGGGAACUACUCGCCGAGCGGGCACGGGUGGCGGACAUGGCACAGAAUGCAAAGUGCCUCGAGUGUCCCGACUUCCUCAAGCACUACGCACUGGAGCACGACGCCCAUCUCAUCAAGACCACCAUCGCCUCCCUCCGACAACUCAUGUCGGACCAAAACCUCUCCCUGCUCCCAGACUACAACCAACGCGUGCACGUCCUCUCCGACCUGGGCUUCAUCGACGCUCAAUCGCGCGUGCAGCUCAAGGGCAAAGUCGCCUGCGAGAUCCACUCGGCCGACGAGCUGGUGCUGACGGAACUGAUCCUCGAGAACGUGCUGGCGGACUUCACGCCGCAGGAAAUCGUCGCCCUGCUCUCGGCCUUUGUGUUUCAGGAGAAGACGGACGUCGAGCCCCAACUCACCGAAAAGCUGAAGCGCGGCGUCGACGCCAUCGUCGCCAUCUCCGAGAAGGUCAACCACUAUCAGAUCCUGCACCAGGUGAUUCUGAGUUCCGACGACGCCAACGACUUUGUGAGCCGGCCGAGGUUCGGACUCGUCGAGGUCGUGUAUAACUGGGCCGACGGCGUCAGCUUCAAGGAGAUUGCCGAGAUGGUGCAGGAGCACCGCAUCAUGGAGGGCACGAUUGUGCGCGUGGUGACGCGGCUGGAUGAGACGUGCAGGGAGGUCAUGAGUGCGGCGCGGCUGGUGGGGGAUCCCACGCUGUAUCAGAAGAUGGAGCGUGCGAGGGAGAUGAUUCGACGGGACGUCGUUUUUACGGCUUCGCUGUACAUGUGA